AUGGAUUUAAGGAAAAUACUUGAUACUGCACCCGAACCUGCCAUUGUUGAUGCCCAGACUAUGGGAGUAUCUGGCGAUACAUCUGGCGACUAUUGGUUACCUGCACCGAUGUGUUUAUAUCAAAAAGAAUUAAGCGAGCAAAUUGUAUCUUUGCAUUACUCGGACAUUUUGAAAUACUUCGAAACAAAAGAUUUCAACCAGGAUGUUGUUUUACACUCCAUGCAAACAAUGUGUUUGAACAGUGAGUUUGUCGCCACACAUCCUUAUCUACUCAUAGACCAUUUUGUCCCUAAAUCUCUCAUUACAAAAGAUAUACCGGGACAUUUAGCCGAAACUAGCGGUAAAUUCAGCGUCCUGAGGGACUUGAUAGCCCUAGUUCAGGACUACGAUACAGAUACUGCAAUAUUUUGUAGACCUGGAAGAACUAUGGAUUUACUAGAGGCUUUACUACUAGGCAAUAGAGUAAAUAUCAAGAGGUAUGAUGGACAAUCAAUUAAAACCAAACAGAAGCCAAAAAAGUUCUCAUGCACCUGUCAUCUAUUUCCUUCGGCCGAGAAAGAUCUAGUAAACAAGGGUCUAGAUGCAAAGGGUCACUUUGACAUGCUCUUAUGUCUCGAUCCAACAGUUGACACAAAUGCCGAACAUGUACAACACGUUCUGAAAUAUCAUAGACCUAGAAGAGGGCAAGGUAGCACUACACCUAUUGUCAGACUUACGACCAUAAAUUCGAUUGAUCAUUGCGAGCUGUUCUUCGGCAAAAAAGCUACACGGGCAAGUAAGGAAUACUUGACCAGUGUAACGGCAGCGGUCGUAGUGUUAAGAGACGUGGUCGGAACAUUGCCACCAGAUUUACGUCCAAUUUAUUCCCAGAAUUUAAGAUACCUAAUUGAAUGGCUUGAAGACCCCAAUAUAUCUUGGCCCCUCCCCGAUGUAUAUCCUAUCAAGACGUACACACCAAUGGAUGUCGAAAGAUCUCUCUUGACAGAAGUUCGCUACAAUCAAACGGAUGAUAAUCUGCAAGUUGGAUUCCAAAGUGGAAAGAAGCGCGGUAGAAAACCAAAUUCUGCUGGUUUGAAGGGUGAAGACCUCAUAUCCUAUUAUAUGUCCAAAAGGCUAAAGAAUGAUUACUCGACAAAUCCGCUUAAACAAAAAAUGGGCCAGUUGACAGGAAUCGCGAUAAAAAACGAUUCAGGGUCUGUAAAUUAUCACUUAUCAGGAGGUCUCCUCACACAUCGGUUAAUACAAUUGAUCACAGGGGCUUACGAUGAUCUUGAAGGGCAGUCAUCUGAGCUCGAGCAUUUUCAAGAUAUGGAAAGUAUACAAUUAAAUCAUUUAGAGACCUUGACGAAAGACUAUAAUGACAUCAGAAGACAAUUAGAAGAGGCUACCAACUCCAUACAAACAAAUGAGCGUGAAUCAAGAGAAUUCUUGUCCUCUUCUGAAAAGGAACACGAAAAUAUUGAAAUAAUUACGAAGGAAAUAGAGUCUCUGUUGAAGACACUAAAAUCUAGAGACUCCGAUUCAGCUUUGUUGGCAGAGGUUUUGAUCGAAACGAUCGAUGUUCAAGAGGAGAUUGAAAGAGAGAAACGUCUCACCAUAUCAAGAGAAACGGAGUAUAAGUAUAUGGAAGAGGAAAUAAUAAGGGCAGAUUCGUCCAUAUCAACGACCGCUAAGCAGAAGGAAGAUAUGGUAAAAGAAAUAGAGCUGCUACAAAGGCAGGUGGAAUCGGGCUUAAAGGAAGGUAUCAUCAACUCACAGAAUACAGACGAGCGAAUAAAAAGCAUCACGAUCCUGCUCGAUGAAGAAAAAGAGUCCGUGAAAAAGUUAGAACAACAAUUAUCAGAUGUAACAGAUCAAUUAGCUAAAAUAAAUCCCACGGGAACACGCUCCGCGAAUUUUGGAAACAGGGGCAAGCAAAGAGGUCACUACAAUAAUUAA